UAUCUCGAUUUAGUGAAGUCAACUAAAAUAGUGCAACUGUAAAUACUCAAUACAACAUGACUACAUACACGGACAAAGGAAAAAAACCUGACGCGGGACAGUUUCUCGCAUUCGACCAUGUCACGUUUUGGGUAUCCAACGCAAAGCAAGCUGCAAGCUACUAUGUGACUCGGUUUGGCUUUGAACCCUUGGCUCAUAAGGGCCUGGAGACAGGGUCUAGAAAAUUCUCUUCAUAUGCUGUAAGAAUGAACAAGAUAAUUUUCGUCUUCCAAGCGCAAUACGAACCCGAAAUGACGGACUUCAACAGAGAGAUAUCACUUCAUGGAGACUUUGUGAAGGACGUAGCUUUCCAAGUUGAAAAUUUGGACUAUAUAUUCAACUACGCAAAGAAACAAGGAGCUGUAGUUGUUAAGGAUUUGUGGGAGGAGAAAGAUGAAUUUGGAGUUGUUAGGAUGGCGACAAUUAAGACAUACGGUGACAACACACAUACUUUAGUGGACAGAUCAAAAUAUAAAGGCGAUUUCUUACCUGGAUAUCAAUCUUUGGAGAAGGACCCAAUUCAUAAAUAUUUGCCAAAAGUGGAAAUCAAUUUCAUAGACCACGUUGUAGGAAACCAACCUGACAAAGGAAUGGAAGCAGUAGCGUCGUGGUACGAAAGAUGCCUGCAGUUCCAUAGAUUCUGGUCAGUAGACGAUUCGCAAGUAUGUACCGAAUACUCCGCCUUGCGCUCAAUUGUAAUGGCGAAUUGGGAAGAAACAGUGAAGGUGCCUAUCAACGAACCUGCUGCUGGUAAGAAGAAGUCUCAGAUACAAGAAUACGUGGAGUACCAUGGCGGCGCUGGUGUCCAGCACAUUGCUAUUAAUACUGAAGAUAUUAUUGCUGCGAUUGAGAAUCUCCGAGCUCGUGGCGUAGAGUUUUUAUCCAUACCCUCAAAAUAUUAUACCAUAAUCCGCGAACAGCUGAGUCACAGUAAAGUACGAGUCGCUGAAAGCAUGGACUUAUUGGAAAAAAUGAAUAUUUUAAUUGAUUUUGACGACAACGGAUAUCUACUCCAGAUAUUUACAAAGAAUACGCAGGAUCGUCCCACUUUGUUUAUGGAGGUUAUACAGAGGAGAAAUCAUAAUGGUUUCGGCGCUGGCAACUUUAAGUCGCUGUUCGAAGCAAUAGAGUAUGAGCAAGAAAAACGUGGCAACUUGUAAAAUUUAAGUUAGGCUUCGAUUAAUCAUUUUAAUCUUUGACUAUGUAAUUAAAUCAUCAUCAAUCAGCUAAUAUACUUAUGUAUUACAUCUAUUCUAUAUGAUUUUAAUACAACCCACUUGUAUUUUAAACUCAUUUUAAAGUUAUUGUAACAGUGGGAUUGUUAAUAUACAUAGGCUAUCUUUUUUUUUUUAAUAAAUCUGGUUAUCUUUUUCUCAUUUCAAAUAAUUCGGUACAGUCAACGACAAAAACACAUCGCGUAAUUGGAAAAUAGUUUAGAUAAACUCGGCACGACUGCACGGGAAUUCUAUCUGCUAGUACAAGACACUUUGAGCCGUUCCUAAUCAUAAGCGCAAUAGAGUUGAAUUUAAAUCUUAAGGCUCAAUUUACAUUACCUAAGUGUUCUUGAACCUAUACAGCUGGCAUGUAGUAAGUACCUACGCUGUACUGUGAUUACAUCCUAAAUUACAUUGUCUACUAGACUAAGACUAAUAUAAUAUACUAGACUAAUUUCUUUUAUUUUAUAAAUAGAAUACUGCCGCCGUUAGAUGAAAGGGCGCUUGUGACAAAAACUCAAAACCGAGAAAAUAAU